CUCUCCCUCCCCCUCUCUCAACCUCUCACUCUGCCUUGCGUACAUACGCCAGAGCACAGACUACUGCAGCAGAAUGCAGGGCCAGUAGGAUUUUCCUCCUCGUACAGGAACAGCUGAGAAACCACAGAGACAGUUACCCGCUGAGGAGGAGAGAGACAUUAUUCAUGGAGAAUCCGCUGAGGAGUACCUGACCCACAGGCUGCCGAGUGUGUAGGUUUGCAUCUGGCUCUCAGAAGCAGUUGUGUGGACUCGUACACGCACGCCCAAUCCCUCCUCCCGGACCGGCCCACCCCCUCCCUUACCUGCCCCUCAGCCUCAUUUAAGGAUAGGAUGCCUGGCUCUGCGCCCCUGUGCUGAGGAGGCGUCGGCGGGCAGCAGUAUGGGCGCUGCGCUGGCCAGCAUCCCCACAACCCCCUCCACCACCGAUCUGCCACCACCACGCUGCCCCACUGAGACGGGCGCUCCCCCCAGCCCCGCUGAUGGGCGAAGACACUGACGCCACCCCAACGCUCAACCACCGCGGCUUCCUCCCCGACCACAACUAUGUGACUGAAGCUGAUAUCAUCUCCACUGUUGAGUUCAACCACACAGGAGAGCUCCUGGCCACAGGGGACAAGGGGGGCCGAGUGGUCAUCUUUCAGAGGGAACCAGAGAGCAAGACCGAGCCAUUCUCCCAGGGAGAGUACAAUGUCUACAGCACCUUUCAGAGCCAUGAACCCGAGUUCGACUACCUUAAGAGUCUGGAGAUCGAGGAGAAGAUCAAUAAGAUCCGAUGGCUGCCUCAGCAGAACGCCGCACACUUCCUCCUCUCCACCAAUGAUAAGACCAUUAAGUUGUGGAAGGUGAGUGAAAGAGACAAACGGCCUGAGGGAUACAACCUGAAGGAUGAGGAGGGUCGCAUCAAAGACAUCUCCACCGUCACCUCCCUACAGGUACCGGUGUUGAAGCCGAUGGACCUGAUGGUGGAGGUGAGCCCGCGGCGAGUGUUUGCAAACGCCCACACCUACCACGUCAACUCCAUCUCCGUCAACUCUGACUAUGAGACUUACAUGUCAGCUGAUGACCUGAGGAUCAACCUCUGGCAUCUGGACAUCACUGACCGCAGCUUCAAUAUUGUGGACAUCAAACCAGCCAACAUGGAGGAUCUGACAGAGGUGAUCACAGCGGCUGAGUUUCACCCCCACCACUGUAACUUGUUUGUCUAUAGCAGCAGCAAAGGCACCCUGCGCCUCUGUGACAUGAGAGAAGCAGCGCUGUGCGACAAACACUCCAAAUUGUUUGAGGAGCCUGAAGACCCCAGUGCCCGCUCCUUCUUCUCCGAGAUCAUCUCCUCUGUGUCGGAUGUCAAGUUCAGCCACAGCGGCCGCUACCUGCUCACCAGAGACUACCUGACCGCCAAAGUCUGGGACCUCAACAUGGAGAGCAAGCCACUGGAGACGUACCAGGUUCAUGAUUACCUCCGCAGCAAGUUGUGUUCCCUUUAUGAAAACGACUGCAUCUUUGACAAGUUUGAGUGUGCCUGGAACGGCUCGGACAGUGUGAUCAUGACCGGAGCCUACAACAACUUCUUCCGCAUGUUCGACCGGAACACCAAACGCGACGUGACCCUGGAGGCGUCAAGAGAGAGCAGCAAACCCCGAGCCGUCCUGAAGCCGCGGAGGGUCUGCGCCGCAGGAGGGAAGCGCCGGAAGGACGACAUCAGCGUGGACAGCCUGGACUUCACCAAGAAGAUCCUGCACACGGCCUGGCACCCGACCGAGAACAUCAUCGCCAUCGCCGCCACCAACAACCUGUACAUCUUCCAGGACAAACUCAACUCUGAAAUGCAUUAAUGAACGUUGUGAUGUCAGCGGCGGAUACGAAUGAGUUUAUACCUGAACACACAACUAUGCCAGAAUGUACACCUAGACAUAAACACACACAGGAAUAUGCCUAGCACACAUCCACACACGCAUCAGCAGAGAGCAUACAAACACGUAUGUCCUCUCUGACACACUCCCUCACCUCCUCCCCAGCCUCCCAGAACUGAAAGGACCUACAAAGGGCUAGAAAGGGAACAGGCUGGAUUACGCAAUGGAUUAUGGAUCGCAAAAGUGUCCGAACUGUGGAUUUCUCGAUUGUUAGCCUCUGGAUUGUGUUUGAUGGUGUGUUGAUUGCUACAGCUCAGCUUCUGAGGGGGAUAACCCCUGCCCUCCCCCCCAGACUGGAGAGACGUUUACAUGUUUGUCUUCUUCUUUUUUUUUCUUCAGGCUCUUUUGCUUUCUCCACCUCCUCCUCCUCCUCCUCCUCCUCCUCCUCUCCUCUGUAUUUGUGUGCUCGAGCAAAGCCUAUUCUUAUCCCUUGCCCACUGUUUUGUGUAACAAAAACCCUUUGUGGUUGUCUACCAGCGGCACUGAUGAAAAAUGGGGCAUUUAUGUAACUGGCAGUUUGUUUGAUUUCAGAUCAGCUACCCCACUUCUGUUUUUGUUACUUGUUAAAUGAUGUUAAUGAUGGUAAUUAUGAUGACAGUUUAAAAUGAUAUGUGUGAUGUGCGAGGAUGAACUCGGGACCCUCCCCUUAACCCAAGUGCACCCAGGCGCCUCUGAGCUCAACUGGACCGUGUUCAGUGAGGUAAAAAACAUUUACAGUCCUGCAGAUAGAAGCAGAAGUUAGUAGAUUAUUACACCGCGGCCUAAUGUGACGACACACACUCAUAUCUGCUCCACAUGGUGUGUUUCAGUCAUCAAUGUUUUGUCUGCUGAAACAGAUCAUCCAACUUCCAACUUGAUUGUGGAUUCUGCUUCUGGUCUGGGGCUGCGUCGUGUGCUACUUUGCCGUUAAAUACAACUCAAAUCGAGCAAAAAAAAAAACAAAAAAAAAAACCUUAAAAAAUAAACAAAAUAAUUUCAACAAUCAAGCAAAAAGAUGCUGCAUGUCAAAUAAAUUUAGCCUAGGUGUUUAUAAAUUGACUGACUGACUGACUUGGCUGCCUUCUUUAACCAUUUAGACCCAGCUGUACAAAGGCUUCAGGGGCCUCCGGCGGCCCCGUGCAGCACGAAUAACCAUAGAUGACCGAGCUCACCUUUAUUUGUGUCUUCGGACACUGAAGCAUGUUUACCAGUGUUCGGUUCAUACACUUACAUGUACAUUUUGAAUGAAGCCGUCCAAGAAUCAGUUUCUACUCGACUAAAACUGAGAACCAAGAAGAAUGGGGAAUGUUCCUGAUUAAUGUUGUACUCUUACAGAAAAAGAAAAAAAAAUCAAAGGGCCUAAAUGGUGUCUGUAUAUAUCAACUGUUUUUGACAUGUAUGAGGUUUUUUUUUUUUAACCAUAAACGGACUGCGGACUCGAUCGUCUGUGCUGAUGAUUUCCUCCAAAGCUACAGCAGAGAGAUGGUACUUUAAUCUCCUCAGCCUUCCUCACUGAUUACUUCGCUGAUGUGCAGAAGCUUUUAUUUUUAGAGAACAGUUUAUUCUUUUAUUUAUCCUUUUCUUUUGGAAACAUCUGUUUUACUCCACGUCCCGACCAAACUAAUGUCGAUUCACAUAUUUUUAUGUUAAUGUAUGUUGUUGACAAAAUUGUCAAAUGGACAGUUAUAAAUAAUGUUAAUAUGUUUUUUUCUGAAUAAAGAUUUCAACGAAAUUGCAUCCAA